GGAGGAUUAUUGUAAAAUGAUACUAAAUUCCUUCCAUAUCUCUGCAUGUUGGCCAAAAUGAAACUGAUGGACAACUUGUGAAACACCCAGAGGACUAAACCUGGGAAUAAAGACUAAAGAGUUCUGGAGAAACAGACGAUCCAAAGCUGAGAAUUUUCUUUCAACAAAGAUUUUUCCGCGAGACUCGAUUUUCUUGAAAAGCGCUGCUUCACGUGACGGCGCACAACCAAUCAACAGCGAGCGGGAGGAACCGCACACGCGCUUGAAAAGCUUUUCUCAGCUGUUCCUCUCCACAAUCCUGCAUAAACAAAACACAGAGCCACAUGUCACAGUCAUCUGCAGCUCAUGAGAUUCAUCAUUAAGUAAGGGCCAAUGAGGGGAAUGCUGGUGAUCAUAUUUCAGGCUCUGCUAUGGCCUGCCGUUUCAGCCCUGUUUACAGUAAAUGUACAGAAGAGCGCUUACGAGGCAGAGCUACACGGGGACGUGGAACUAGUGUGCGUGUUCUCCACGGUUAAAAGACCUUCAGACCUCACCGUCAUAUGGAGCCGUGUCAAUCCGAAGCCGGACGUGGACGUGUAUCGGCUCGAGAAAGGCAAAGAAAACCACAAUUACACCAGUGCCUUGUUCAUAAAACGGGCGCACCUCAUCCUACAACAACUGACAGAAAACAGAGCGGUAUUACACUUGAAAAAUCUCCAGAUAAAAGAUUCGGGAACGUACCGGUGUAUCGUGAGUGAGGGAGACGAGGGAGACUACAAGCAAGUCACGCUCAACGUUACAGCUCCUUAUACUCCCAUAAAGAAAAGCAUCAGGAAAACGGGUCAGAAUGAAGUGGAGCUCUCCUGCGAGUCUCAGGGAUUCCCGUCACCUCAGGUUAUCUGGAGCGACGGUCAAAACGCGAACCUCACGGAGAAAUCCAACAGCUCUGUGCACAAUACAGAUGAAGAUCUCAUCAAAGUCAUCAGCAAUCUGACGGUGAAACGAGAUCUUGUGAACAACUACACCUGUUCUUUUUUCACAAAGGGUGGAAUCAAGCAGACGGCCACCUUCAGCAUCCCAGAUGAACUCCUUCAUGAGUGUUCUGCUCAGUACAUGUGGAUUGGAGCUGUGGUCGUCGUGCUUUUAGCCAUUGCCUUCAUCUCCUUCAUCCUGCGCAGGAGAAAAAAUGGUCAGAAAAACAGACGAAAUGAAUCAUCUAAAUGCGCUUUCCUGUUCCCGAACUUGCCUUCUGCCAACUCUGAUUCUUUACUGACAGUGAACGAGAACAGGCCACAAACAUGUGACAUAACCUCAGAAGAACUUGCAGAAAAAUCUCCAUCUCUGAGGGACGUGCUAACACAGCAGUAUUCACAGCUCGACACAGACGCGGAGGUGAAAAGGAGACUUGAGUCAUAUGCACUUCACAGCAAAGAAGGCCAAUCGCUAAACAUCAGCUCCAUCCUGCCUGAUAAGAAGCAAACUAUCCUUCUGCUUGGAGAACCAGGCAGCGGGAAAACUACCGUGGCCCAAAUCCUGUCGUCUUGCUGGGCUCGAAGAAUCACGGCAGAUGCCUUCAACAUUCACCGGCUCCAUAUGGUCGUGUUGGUGGACUGCAGCAGAGCGGAAGGAGACUUUUUCCAGGUGGUAAAGUCCAACAUUAAUUAUGAAAAAUCAAUAGACGUGUCUGACCUCAGAGAGACGCUUCUGGGGCCGACGGAUUGUUUGCUCAUCCUGGACGGCUAUCAAGAGGGAAAUAAGGUCUUGGAUGAAACUCUCAAAGGGUUUCUAACAGAGCGGCAGACGUGCAGGGUGUUAGUGACGUCACAUCCAGGACAAUGUCCAGCCCUGGAGAGAACCAUCAGGACAGUAUUGCAACUCAUUCAGAGACCGGAAGAGUCUCGAUCAUGAUGAAAUUGGAUACAUUUCAUACUUGUAUAGACAAUUACAACAUUGUGGAAGUGUCUGAGUCCCAGAUAAUGCCUUUCGCUUCUCUGGAAUUUUUCUUUUCCGACUUUUGGUAAAGACUCUGGCUGGAGAUCAAACCAUUUCGCAAUACUUGAAUUCAGUUGUAUUUUUCAAAGACCAAGUACCAGAAAGGAGAAAUGAGAUCAUGAUAAUAAAACUUUACACUGUAAAAAGUGCUAACCUAUAAAUGUUAUCUUAAAGAGCUGAUAUAAAUGAAUGUUUUCAGUUGAUUUGGUGAUGUUAAACGACAUUUAUAAAUUGAAUAAAACCAGUUAAUUUAGAUGUAAAAAAAAAAAAAAAAAAAAAAUUCCAGUGUAUUUCUGCAUACUUCUUAUCUGGCAGUAAUACAUGUGGUUUAACUGUUACAGGAAUACAGCAGAACUGAUUUGUAUGCUUUCAACAAAAUAUAGUUACUAACUAUAACGUGAACGGUUUUAUGUGUGAAGCUGAUCGUGCAAAAACAACGUCUGUUAGUUUUACUUCAAACUUUCUGUAACAGUCACACUUUUAUACUUAGGUUGUGUAUUUUGUUUAGAGAGAGAGAGAGUUACAUUUUGUACAUAUAUAUUUUUAUACUUUCAUUUAGUGUAUUGAUGUCAUGUCAUGAUUUUGAUAAAAGAAAGAAAUGAGUGUGAAAA